GCGCGGAGAGCUGAUUUUGCCUUGGUUUGCCUACAUUGAAAAAACGGUGUUGAAGUGACCCAAGCAGGAUUUCAGGGCAUAGAUUCUUAUUUUCAAGCUGAUAAAGAUGGAGAUGGCAAAGAGGAUCGAGUUGGAGAGACGGGGAAGGAAAGAGGACGAGAUUGCAGAACUCAAUCUUGACAACUGUAGAUCACAGGCAAUAGAGGGAUUGACUGAUGGUUACACAGCCCUGGAAUCACUCAGCAUCAUCAAUGUUGGACUGACUGGUCUGAAAGGGUUCCCAAAAUUACAGAAUCUAAGGAAGCUUGAAUUGAGCGACAACAGAGUUUCCUCAGGUCUCAAUAAUUUAACAGGCUGCGUGAACCUUACACAUCUUAGUCUCAGCGGAAACAAAAUCAAAGACUUUGAACCCUUAGAACCACUUAAAGACUUAGCUAACUUGAAAAGUUUAGAUUUGUUUAACUGUGAAGUAACCAAUGCUGAUGAUUACCGAGAGAAAGUGUUUGAAUUGUUACCAAAUCUAAAAUACCUCGACGGUUACGACAGAGAUGACCAAGAAGCUGAGGAUGAUGAAGACGAAGAUGGUGUAGAUGAUGAGGAAGAUUUUGACGAUGAAGAGGUAGAAGAUGAAGAAGGAGAUGAUGACGAUGAUGAUGAGGAAGGUGAGCCAGAUGAUGAUGACGAUGAUGAUGAAGAUGGUCUUGGUGAGGAUGAUGACGACGAUGAUGAUGUUGAGGAUGAAGAAGAGGAAGAUGAAGAAGGAUCAAAUUUAAAACUUUUACAACAGUCAGGUGAUUUGGAGGACGAGGAGGAUGAUGAAGAUUUUGAUGCUGAAGGUGUGGAAAAUGAGGAUGACGAUGAUGUUGAAGAUGAUGAAGAAGCAGCAGAAGAUUCAGAACAGCGAGGGACAAAAAGGAAACUUGAAGAUGAGGAAGAGUCAUGAGAAUGUUAUCCUUCAUUUCAUUGGACAAUUGUCUUACAUAGAUGACCAUUACAUCACUCUUAUCCAAUCACGGAUCGUGUUACAUCUCAUAAACUUGUUAAAUUUGUAUUUAAUAUGAGAAAGUCCAUGAUGAGAGAAGCAGUUUCAUUUGCUUGGGAAACCGAAAACCGUGAUUUCAUUGGAUGAAAAGUGCUGAAUGAAAAUGGCAACAAGUUAAUGAAUGUCAUGGAACAUUGUUCAUUCUUUGUUUUGAUUAAUUGUUAAUUGUACAUUUCAAUAUCUCAGCUUUAACGUUCUGUAAAAUCAUUUCUCUAUUGGGCAUUAACUUUCACAGGGAUUCAUAAUGAAACCAAAUCAAGGAAAAAUAGGUUUACUAUUUUAGUUCAUAAUUCAUUAUUUAAAAUCACUAAAAAGUCAUGAUAUUAAAUUUUAUGCCAUUCUGUUUGGAAAUCCAUUUAAAUUAAUGUCGGUGAAAAAUGAUUUUACAGUGUGAAUAGUGAAAGAAAAGUUCCACUUUAGAAUGGAAAUGUUAUUUUAUUAUUAUACAAGACUGAAACAUAUAUGACCUUUUAGAGAAGUAAGGAAGAGUUGUGAUCUAUUUGAAAAAUGACUUCAGAGGUCUGAGGGUUGCAGGUACUGGCAGGAAAAUUUUGUUUUUACCUUCACAGGAAUUUGGAAAAUGAAAAUUUGAUCUUGGAAAUUAUUACAGUACAUACUUGUUACAGCUCUUUUAAGAACCAAUGCAACCUUCGUUGUUAACAUUUCUCCAUAUUGACAUAUACAGAAUUGGUCAUUUUAAUGUAAGAUUAUUCAUUAGAAGGUUUGAGAAAUAAUGUUUUCUUGUCUCAUUAACCUUUAGCCUGCUGGCGGCAAGUGAUCCUGCCUUUGCGACCAGUGCAGACCAAGAUCAGCCUGCACAUCCGUGCAGUCUGAUCAUGUUCUGCACUGUUCGCUAUUCAGUCCGUAAAUUUUCAGUAAACACCCCUUUGAAUAAUAAAUGAUAUUGCCCAAACUGAAUGAUGGACCAGUCCAUUUUAGAAAUUUAGCAGGGUAAGGGUUAAACUGUGCUUCUGAAGUCUCUCAGCUGUAGAAUUUUUGCAUAUUUCAAAGAACAAAUCCAACAGCCUAUCAUUCACACCAUAGUAGGAACAGAAUUAUCCUGCCUUGGAUUUAAAUCAUAAUUAAACCUAUCUUCCCUGUUAUCUUAAAGUAGAUUAUUCCGAUAAAUUGGAUAGGAGUGUUCUACUGUAAGAAAAGGGAUGAUUGAUCUAAAUUAUGAUAUAAGAACAGUGCCUUAACAAGAAAAGUUUUAAACUCUUGGUACAAACGUGCACGAAAUUUUUAGAUAUAUAAAUGAAUUUCAGUUAACAAUUGUAUAUAGAUUUUGCUUGAAAAUUUUACACUAAUUUGUUCCUAGAAAUUUGUUAGCUGUGAAAAAGCUGUAGAGGACAUUUAGAAUUUUAGCCAGUUUUGUGUUUAAUUGUCCAGCAAAAAGGGUAUAUGCAUAUUUGUUAAAGAUCAACAUUAUUAUUAUUUGAUUGGCUGUUCCAUCGGUAAAUUAUGAAAUUUUCUAUGGUUACAGUUACGAUGUUGGUCUUUUAGAUAUGAUUGCUAGUUAUAGAUGCUUGGCUUUGUCCGAAUUAAUCAGUUUCGAUUGAACUGAAAUAUUGAAAUACCGUUACUGAGAAAUAAAUCGGUCUUUAGUCUGUCGAAAUAUUUGCUUUCAUGGAUUGAACAAAAGUAGGAUCAUGCAACAUUGUACCAUAGGUGUAUGUAUAUGUGCUAGACCACCGUAUUAAUUUGCUUAUAAGACGCAUUAUUAGGAGUCCUAUUUCCAGUUCAAAGAAGCGUGUACUACAAGAAAAUUAAAAGAAACCCCAUAUUGCAUGUCCAAUUUCGUGGGUGCGUCUUGUAAGCGAGUGCAUCUAAUAAGCAAAAAUAUACGGCAUUUCAUUGCAUUUUUCAUGUUGAAUGUUACAGGAUCUCUAGAGGUCAUUUUGGUGGUAUGACCUUGUAAAGUUUUGUGAAUACUUUGUACAAAUCACAUUAUCAUCUGUAAAUUUUACUCAUCCACUUAUGUGUAUCAGGUUUGAAUUUUACACAAACAAUACAAGGUCAAGAUUUCUCGAGCCGUGUAAGAAUUUCUUUAGUAUAUUUUUUUCAUGUAUCCCAGGUGUUAACUCAAAUCAGAAUUAAGGUAUAUAAAUACCGUACAUUUAUAAAGUAAAUAAAAUUUUACAUUGGAACUCGUAAACCUGAUUAAUUUGCAGGAAGUGCUUGACCAUGGUGAGAAGUGUUAUAUUCAUUUAAAAUCUAAUCUAGGUUAAGGCGACACAGGUAGAGUCUUUUAAAAUCUCCACUUUCUUGGUUGUACAUGUAAAAAGAAAAUUUUAUGAGACAAAUACUAAAAUUUAGGAACUGCAUUUUGAUUUUACAAGUUAAUUGUGUCGAAAAUUUUCAUUGUUUAUAACUAAUAUUUUUCUUUGAAGAUACAUCUGAAUAGUACAUAUUUUAUGUUUUUACUUAUUUAUUAUUUGAUGACAAAUUUGUCAGGCCUGCUACUGUUACUAAAACAGGUUUUUGAACAAAACUAAAUUUUGAAACCAGUCUAACAUUCUAGCAGAUGAUUGGAUAUUUUUAGGCUGAAUAUUUAAACUGACCAAUGGCAGUGAUGCAAUUGGAGACUGGACUUCAAAUUUGGAUUUAUAACCUUUGACAAAGUUUUCAGCCUUAUUUUUUCUUGUUCCACAGUGAAACUGCAAUGUUGGGCUUUGAAAUCGGGUGUUUAAGAAGACAGUUUUCUGUUUAUUAAAAAUAUAUAUUGUGGGAAAAAAGUGUUUUCAAUAAGAAAUUGGGAAUUUUAGGAUAGCAGGCCUAACACUGUAAAUUUUCAUUCACAUGGCAUGUUGAAACAUUUUCACACUGUCUCUGUAAGACUUGACCUGUAUUAUGCAAUUUUGAUUAUUUUUACACAUGUGCAUCACCAAAAUUACUGUCGGACUUGAAUGAAGUUAAAUAUGUAUUUUGUUAAGAUAUGAUUUUGAGGCAUCUGGAGUUAUAUAAUUACAGGCUAUUUAUUAACCACCAAUUGCUAUGUUUUUGAACCUAGCUUUAUAGCAAGAUAUAUAUUUAUACAGUUCCAUUGUUGCAGUUUGUACUAUGUCGUGUAUUUUCACACUUUUAUCACAUGAUAGAAUUAUGUUGUGUACUACGAUAGGUUUUUAUUUUUGCAGUCUUGGAAGUUUUUCAAAUUAAAAAUCUCUCUCUUAUGCAUAUGGGGAAGUUGGCAGUUGAUUGUGCCAGAAGUUUUUACUGGUGUAUGGAAUCCAGGGAAACUGGUUAGGUAGGCUGAACUGCCUGUCUGUUCAAAAAAGGUGUUCAACACAAUAAAAAAACAUAACAAAAAUGUAUCCUCGCAUACAUACUUAUCAUGUUUUCAUUACACAGUAUCAUGUUUUGUAAAUCAUUACAAAUGGAUAUUUUCUGUUGUGUUCGCUAAUUUGAGGUAUUGUUCAUAUUUUCCUAGUAUAUUUGUAGGAAAGUAGAAUGAUAUCUUAAUUUCAUACAGAUAACAAGGAAAAUAUUCAUUUUAUGUUGAAAAUUGAUGGUAAGCUAUUAAUGCAGAUGUGACUACAGGUUUUUCACGAAGCUAGCUUUGAGUGGAGAUGUCAUUUUGACAGGGGCCUCUGGAAAAUUGGAAUUGUGAGAAAAGAGGGCAUAAGGUCGUCACCAUGUUUUCAUUUAACAGCAUUAAUAGAGAAAUAUAACAAAUCAGUGUUUGCAAAUCAAGGGCUCAGAGUGCAACUAGUCUAAGUGUAUAUAGAAGUAGAAGCAGAUAGACUAGUUUUGCUCUGAGCAUUUGAAAUGCGAGAUGUCAAAAUUCAGGGCUGGCAAAAUGAAAACUAGAUGUUUGACAUGUGUUGCGUGUCUGAUUGUGGACUUUGAUAUAAUGUUUUGUAAGUAAAGUCGUCGACUGUAGUCCGAGAUGCUCUGAAAACUCAGUCUUGGGUGUGUGGCUAUGGACUUCCAUAUUAAGUUUUAAAGGUCAUAUUGUCAACUGUUGUCCGAGAAGCUCUGAAAACUGUUUAUGUCUUACCUAGCACUUGUGUUUAUUUUUGGGGGUGUGGCUAUGAACUUUUGUGUGAGGUUUUGAAAGUCAAGUAGUCGACUAGUCCGAGAAGCUCUGAAAACUUGUUCAUGACCCCUCUCUUGGGUGGUGGCUAUGGACUUCCAUAUUAAGUUUUGAAGGUCACAUUGUCAACUGUUGUCCGAGAAGCUCAGAAAAUGAUGCGGCUAUGGACUUUUGUGUGAGGUUUUGAAAGUUGAGUAUUUGACUUUGACGAAAAUGGGUUGAUAGUUGUUUUUGGCCACCUUGGGGUUAAAUAUAUCUUAUUUCAGGGAGUGUUGUUAAUGACUGAUGCGAGGUUUAGAAAGUAAAGUAAUCGACUCGUCAUUAUAGAAAUUUAUCAGGGUAAGGGUUAAGGAUAACCCUAUGCCAUUUUGUCAUGAUCAGUACAAGCUUUACUCCUUGAUACUUGUCAAAUUUUGACCACAUACAAUCUAAACUGUUCAUUACUUACCUUUACAGAGAUUUCAGUUGACUGCCAACUUUGUUACAGGUAUCAUGUAAAAAUAUUUGUCCAAUCUUUGUAUGUCUGCAGUUGUAUAAUUUUAGAUGCAAAUAAAAGUUUUAAAUAUGUAA